GAGGGUUGUGAUAAGUUCUGGAGGGCAUCAACAUUUGGUCAGCUGUUUGGAGACAUUGCAGAAGGCUCUCAAAGUAACAUCUUUACCAGCAAUGACUGAUCGCUUGGAGUCCAUAGCAAGACAGAAUGGACUGGGCUCUCAUCUCAGUGCCAGUGGCACUGAAUGUUACAUCACGUCAGAUAUGUUCUAUGUGGAAGUGCAGUUAGAUCCUGCAGGACAGCUUUGUGAUGUAAAAGUGGCUCACCAUGGGGAGAAUCCUGUGAGCUGUCCAGAGCUUGUACAGCAGUUAAGGGAAAAAAAUUUUGAUGAAUUUUCUAAGCACCUUAAGGGUCUUGUUAAUCUGUAUAACCUUCCAGGAGACAACAAACUGAAGACAAAAAUGUAUUUGGCUCUCCAAUCCUUAGAACAGGAUCUAUCUAAAAUGGCAAUUAUGUACUGGAAAGCAACUAAUGCUGGUCCCUUGGAUAAGAUUCUUCAUGGAAGUGUUGGCUAUCUCACUCCAAGGAGUGGGGGUCAUUUAAUGAACAUUAAGUACUAUGCCUCUCCUUCUGACUUGCUGGAUGAUAAGACUACAUCUCCCAUCAUUUUGCAUGAGAAUAAUGUUCCUCGAUCUUUGGGCAUGAAUGCAUCAGUGACAAUUGAAGGGACAUCUGCUAUGUACAAACUCCCAAUUGCACCAUUAAUUAUGGGGUCACAUCCAGCUGACAACAAAUGCACGUUUAGCUUAAGAAUCUAUGAUGAUGAUUCUCCUGGGCUCCUCCAAUUUGAAGUGUGUCCCCUCUCAGAGUCCCGUUUCAGCGUAUCUUUUCAGCACCCUGUGAAUGACUCCCUUGUGUGUGUGGUAAUGGAUGUGCAGGACUCAACACACGUGAGCUGUAAGCUCUACAAGGGGCUGUCAGAUGCACUCAUCUGCACAGAUGACUUCAUUGCCAAAGUUGUUCAAAGAUGUAUGUCCAUCCCUGUGACCAUGAGGGCUAUUCGGAGGAAAGCUGAAACCAUUCAGGCCGACACUCCAGCACUGUCCCUCAUUGCAGAGACAGUUGAAGAUAUGGUGAAAAAGAACCUGCCCCCGGCUAGCAGCCCAGGGUAUGGCAUGACCACAGGCAACAACCCAAUGAGUGGUACCACUACACCAACCAACACCUUUCCGGGGGGUCCCAUUACCACCUUGUUUAAUAUGAGCAUGAGCAUCAAAGAUCGGCAUGAGUCGGUGGGCCAUGGGGAGGACUUCAGCAAGGUGUCUCAGAACCCAAUUCUUACCAGUUUGUUGCAAAUCACAGGGAACGGGGGGUCUACCAUUGGCUCGAGUCCGACCCCUCCUCAUCACACGCCGCCACCUGUCUCUUCGAUGGCCGGCAACACCAAGAACCACCCGAUGCUCAUGAACCUUCUUAAAGAUAAUCCUGCCCAGGAUUUCUCAACCCUUUAUGGAAGCAGCCCUUUAGAAAGGCAGAACUCCUCUUCUGGCUCACCCCGGAUGGAAAUGUGCUCGGGGAGCAACAAAACCAAGAAGAAGAAGUCAUCAAGAUUACCACCUGACAAACCCAAGCAUCAGACUGAAGAUGACUUUCAGAGGGAGCUAUUUUCAAUGGAUGUUGACUCACAGAACCCUAUCUUUGAUGUCAAUAUGACAACUGACACGCUGGAUACGCCACACAUAACUCCAGCUCCAAGCCAGUGUAGCACUCCCCCAACAACUUACCCACAACCAGUACCUCACCCCCAACCCAGUAUUCAAAGGAUGGUCCGACUAUCCAGUUCAGACAGCAUUGGCCAAGAUGUAACUGAUAUCCUUUCAGAUAUUGCAGAAGAAGCCUCUAAGCUUCCCAGCACUAGUGAUGAUUGCCCACCCAUUGGCACCCCUGUUCGAGAUUCUUCAAGUUCGGGGCAUUCUCAGAGUGCUCUCUUUGACUCUGAUGUCUUUCAGACUAAUAAUAAUGAAAAUCCAUACACUGAUCCAGCUGACCUUAUUGCAGAUGCUACUGGAAGCCCCAGUAGUGACUCUCCUACCAAUCAUUUUUUUCCUGAUGGGGUAGAUUUCAAUCCUGAUUUAUUGAACAGCCAGAGCCAAAGUGGUUUUGGAGAAGAAUAUUUUGAUGAAAGCAGCCAAAGUGGAGAUAAUGAUGAUUUCAAAGGAUUUGCAUCUCAGGCACUAAAUACUUUGGGGGUGCCGAUGCUUGGAGGUGAUAAUGGGGAGACAAAGUUUAAAGGCAAUAAUCAAGCUGACACAGUUGAUUUCAGUAUUAUAUCAGUAACUGGUAAGGCUUUGGGUCCUGCAGAUCUUAUGGAGCAUCACAGUGGUAGUCAGAGUCCUUUACUGACCACUGGGGACUUAGGGAAAGAAAAGAAUCAAAAGAGGGUAAAGGAAGGCAAUGGCAGCGCUAAUAGUAGUCUGUCAGGCACAGGAUUAGACAGCAAACCAGGGAAGCGCAGUCGGACCCCUUCUAAUGAUGGGAAAAGCAAAGAGAAGCCUCCAAAGCGGAAGAAGACAGACACUGAGGGAAAGUCUCCAUCUCACAGUUCUUCUAACCGUCCUUUUACCCCACCUACCAGUACAGGUGGAUCCAAAUCUCCAGGCAGUUCAGGAAGAUCUCAGACUCCUCCAGGUGUUGCCACACCACCCAUUCCCAAAAUCACUAUUCAGAUUCCUAAGGGAACAGUGAUGGUGGGCAAGCCCUCCUCUCACAGUCAGUAUACUAGUAGUGGUUCUGUGUCUUCCUCAGGUGGCAAAAGCCAUCAUAGCCAUUCUUCCUCUUCCUCGUCUUCUGCUUCCACCUCAGGCAAGAUGAAAAGCAGUAAAUCAGAAGGCUCAUCAAGUUCCAAGAUAAGUAGCAGUAUGUAUUCUAGCCAAGGGUCUUCUGGAUCUAGCCAGUCUAAAAAUUCAUCUCAGUCUGGGGGGAAGCCGGGCUCCUCUCCCAUUACCAAGCAUGGACUAAGUAGCAGCUCUAGCAGCACCAAGAUGAAACCUCAAGGGAAGCCAUCAUCACUUAUGAAUCCUUCUUUAAGUAAACCAAACAUAUCUCCUUCUCAUUCAAGGCCACCCGGAGGCACUGAAAAGCUUGCCUCUCCAAUGAAGCCUAUUCCUGGGACUCCCCCAUCCUCUAAAGCCAAGUCCCCUAUCAGUUCAGGUUCUGGUGUUUCUCAUAUGUCUGGAACUAGUUCAGGCUCUGGCAUGAAGUCAUCUUCAGGGUUAGGAUCUUCAGGCUCCUUGUCCCAGAAAACUCCCCCAUCAUCUAAUUCUUGUACAGCAUCUUCCUCCUCCUUUUCCUCAAGUGGCUCUUCCAUGUCAUCCUCUCAGAACCAACAUGGGAGUUCCAAAGGGAAAUCUCCCAGCAGAAAUAAGAAGCCAUCCUUGACAGCUGUCAUAGAUAAACUGAAGCAUGGAGUUGUCACCAGUGGCCCUGGGGGUGAAGACCCAAUGGAUGGCCAGAUGGGGGUUAGCACAAACUCUUCUAGCCAUCCCAUGUCCUCCAAACAUAACAUGUCAGGAGGAGAGUUCCAGGGUAAGCGUGAGAAAAGUGAUAAAGAUAAAUCAAAGGUUUCCACCUCGGGGGGCUCAGUAGAUUCUUCUAAGAAGACUUCAGAGUCGAAAAAUGUGGGCAGCACGGGUGUGGCAAAAAUUAUCAUCAGCAAGCAUGAUGGAGGCUCCCCCAGCAUAAAAGCCAAAGUGACUUUGCAGAAACCUGGGGAAAGUAGUGGAGAAGGGCUCAGGCCUCAGAUGGCCUCUUCCAAAAGCUAUGGCUCUCCACUCAUCAGUGGUUCCACUCCAAAGCAUGAGCGUGGCUCUCCCAGCCAUAGUAAGUCACCAGCAUAUACCCCCCAGAAUCUGGACAGUGAAAGCGAGUCAGGCUCUUCCAUAGCAGAGAAAUCUUAUCAGAACAGUCCCAGCUCAGAUGAUGGCAUUCGACCACUUCCAGAAUACAGCACAGAGAAGCAUAAGAAGCACAAAAAGGAAAAGAAGAAAGUGAAAGACAAAGAUAGGGACCGGGACAAAGACCGAGAUAAAAAAAAAUCUCAUAGUAUCAAGCCAGAGAGUUGGUCUAAAUCACCCAUAUCUUCAGAUCAGUCCUUGUCUAUGACGAGUAACACAAUCUUAUCUGCAGACAGGCCCUCAAGGCUCAGCCCAGAGUUUAUGAUUGGGGAGGAAGAUGAUGAUCUUAUGGAUGUGGCCCUGAUUGGCAAUUAGGAACCUCAUUUUCUAAAACAAACAUGGCCGGAGAAAAAAACUAAUGAUAAGUUUAUAGGCAAACCACCACAAGGGGUGAGUCAGAUAGGUCUGGUUUGUGUUUAAGAAUCCUAAAUGGCAUGGCUCUGACAGUGAGCUGGUUGAAUUUAGAAAGGCAUUUCCAGACCCUACUAGAGACCACAGGGUUUGAUUCUGAUUACCAAGAUUUCCUUGUUCCUUUGCCAGUAAGAAAGUUAUACUUGUUUAAGAAAGGGAAAGGGAUGGGAGGGGUGUAGGGAGAGGAAAGGGUGGGAAAAUUUUGUGGGAAAUAUUCAUAUAUAUUUUUUUCUCCCUUUUUCCAUUUUUAGGCAACGUUUUAAACUCAUUUUAGUGCAUGUACUUAAAGGGCUGGGCAGAAAAUGAAAAAGCAAUACAUUCCUUGAUGCAUCUGCAUGAAGGUUGUUCACCUUUGGGUAAUUGUCCAUUUGAGGCAUGGGCAAAUGAAGGACUUGGUCAUUUUGGACACUUAAGUAAUGUUUGGUGUCUGUAUCUUAGGAUUGGGGGAGGGAAGAUUAUUUGAGCUAUUUAUUUGUAAUAUUUUAACUAUUAUCUGUUUGUUUUUAUACAGUGUUUCUAAAUCUAUGAGGUUUAGGGUUCAAAAUGAUGGGAGGUAGAAGAGCAAGGUUUAUUUGGUGGUAGGGAUGUAGCUUGUGCUAAUACUGUAGCAUCAAGCCCAAGCAGGUUAGUCAGAGCCCACCUUUGGAGUUAAACAGAAAAACCAAAAUGAUAUUUUUAUUUCAGGUGGUUUUUCAUAGGGUUCAGACAUCAUAGGAUUAUUAGGAGUUACAUCCCCAUGGAGGUAUUAAUCUCUUUUUCCUUUAAAAAAAAAAAGCUAGGGUGGCUUUUUGAGAUGUAAACAUGCUUUCAUAUGCAGUAAGGUUUAAUGUGGGACAGGCUUCCUGACCCAGUGGCAUGAAAACCAUUACAGAAUUAAUAAUUCUAUUUCCACAAUGUGCCAAAAGUUCACAUCCCAGCAUUUUGUUUGCAGGAGAACUGAUGCCAUUCCUAAGAGGUGGGCUCCUUGUUAUUCUUCAUCACAAGGAGAAGGAGUCCAGGCUUUAAUCACUCCACUGUAUGCUCCCUGAGAUAGAACAGUAAAAAAUUUGCAGCCAUAGUUCACUUAAAACAAUUUCAAGCUCACUUGAAGUAAUGGGGCCUGGAAUGCUGGGUGAGCAUGAAGAUAAAACCUUGCUACUAUGUAGCAACACUAUUGGACCUUUUGGGAGAAAUAGGUGUGCGUCUGGAUUCUGGGGGACAUCAAUAAGAAGCCCUUCUCAUAAAUAUAGAAAUCCAGGAGACUGUUUUGAGUGCAACAGAAGUUCUCAGUAUUUGGAGGGUCCUCUCAAAACUCUGCGGCCUUACUUUGAUUUUGACACCUGCACUGUGCCAUUCCUGAUGAUUCCAUUCAGGAUCUGUAUCAGUGGGAUGGGGUACGGUCCCCGGCACAACUCUUCUGGAUUUAAAAAAAAAAACAAAAAAACCCAGGUGUUUUCGUGUGUGUGUGUGUGACUUCAUCAGAUAUGGAAGAUUUCUAUAUUCAGCUUUUCUGCAGGUUGGAGUUAGCACAGAGUUGGAAAAUCAGCUUUGGCUUUCUUUCCUGACUGUCUUUCAUUUCCUCUAGUGUUCUCCCUUUUCUGGUCAUCAGCUCUCAACAACUCUACCACUUUUGUGACCCAAAGGUAAUAAGAAGUAGGAAACGAAACGUUGCAAAGUGGAGCAAGAAAAGUUAUCGGUUACUAUAUCAGAGUCAAAUGUCUUGGGUGACACUAAGGAGGACAUGGGCAAGGUGAUACCAGAGUGCUUUAUCUUGUGAUGCUGGUACAGUAGCAGCCUCUCAGACAUACAACCAGGUUGGAAUUCUCACAAGUUUGUCACCUAGUUUUGAAUCCUAUGCCAUUGGUUUCUGCAAGAAAAAAAAAAGUUACAUAGUUUUAAAGUUUGUUUUGGGUGGGGAAAAUCAUAUGGGAAAUGUACUGCUUUAGUAUCAGGGGCUCAGCUCCCCCAAGCAGAGCCAACAAAUACCAAAACGAGUAAACUGGGAAGCUUUUUCUCUCUUUCUGUCUUCAUCCCAGAUCAAAGAAUCCCGAGUUAGGAUCUGGAUGAAGGAUAAGCCCCUGAAUUGUCGAUGGGCACACCCCACACACUGACCCAGCAUCUGAACUUGCUUAACAGGGAGCCGGGGCUAAACUGCUUCACCCUGCCUGAGAACCAGGGAGCACUGCAUUUCUCCACAGGGUGGAGGAGAAGAGGCAGAAUAAACCAAGCCUGGGACACCU